AAUCCUCUAGUCGAGGAUGACGCAAAUUUGCGUCACCGCAACCAGGAAAUGCAGUAACCGUUCAAAUUAAACUUUAUGCACAAGAAGGCUGCAUUCAAACUGUCAUGAGCAUCUAAUGCACAUGUUUCACACCGAGUUAGAGGUGACUCAACGCAGAUACUGUAGUUAUUUUAACAUGACAAGCAUUAGAACAUCUUGUUUUAGUAGCCUGAUUUGUCCAAUCCAUAACAUGUUCUGGACACGGUUGUGCCGACUGAGGAUCCAGAAGCCUUUGGGGAGUAGGACAUGUGCCUAUAGGUUCACCUCUGUCAAGCUGUCAGACCCUAUCAAGCCACAUGUACCACCUAGAACUCUACUAGCUCCCUGGACCACCACAGACUCUGGUCAUCAUAGGACGUGUCACUCAAGCGCACACAUCCAACAGCAUGGCUGGACUGUGAGACGAGACGGGGAGCGAGAUGUUUUGUAUGCGGCACGACAUUUUAACACCUGUGUUCAGUCACUAUCAGCUGUCCCUGAUCAGCCCACCUCCACCAGACACUGGAGUUUCAGUAUACAGAGAAGGUUUUAUUCAACAGCUCCUGUUAAAUCAGUGAUGAAACCAGUGACUGUGCUUGGAAGUGGAAAAAAAAUUCCUAAAGGCCCCAGGACCAAACAACCAUCCAGAACCAAUCAGCCGACCCCAAAGGAGGACAAGGAUAUAAUGCAGUGCAUUGCCUAUGCGACAGCAGACCAGUACCAUCUGCCAACACUCUGCCAUGACCUCAUAGCCCACGGCUUCUACGAAGUAGACUUACCAAGAGAUGCCUCAAAUGCACUCGUAAUAUGCACUGACAAUGCCCAAAAACCCAGUGAUAAUGCAACAAUGUUCUUCUUCAGGGAGGGAUCAGUGGUCUUUUGGAAUGUUGAAGAGAAAACAAUGAAGAAAGUGAUGAGGAUCUUGGAGCGGCAUGAGAUUCAUCCCUACGAGGUAGCUCUGGUCCACUGGGAAAAUGAAGAGAUCAACUACACUAUUGGAGAGGGAAACUCAAAGCUACAACGUGGUAACUUCCUGCUGAACAGUGAAAUAGAUCCUGACAAGGCCGUGCUGGAUAAAUUUGCAUUUUCAAAUGCCCUUUCUUUGUCAGUGAAACUGGCCAUAUGGGAGGUGGCUUUGGAUGACUUUGUGGAGUCGAUUCAGUCAAUUCCAGAGAUGCUGAAAUCUGGGAAAAAAAUAAAGCUGUCCAGAGCAGAGGUUAUGCAGAAGAUCGGAGAACUCUUUUCUCUGAGACACUGUAUCAACCUGAGCUCUGACCUACUGAUCACGCCAGACUUCUACUGGGACAGAGAGAACCUGGAGAUGCUCUAUGACAAGACAUGUCAGUUCCUCAACAUCAACCGCCGGGUCAAGGUAGUGAAUGAGAAACUGCAGCACUGCACUGAGCUGACAGACCUAAUGAGGAACCACUUGAGUGAGAAGCACAGCUUGAGGCUGGAGUGGAUGAUCGUCAUCCUCAUCACUAUCGAGGUGUUGUUUGAAGUUGGCAGAAUGAUUUUCUGAAGAGCUUCAUCAGCGACGAUAAAAUACAGAUUUAAGGAAAGAAAAAGACUAAGAAAUACCUAUUUUUGUAAGUACAUUAAAUUAUGACCAUAAUGAACAAGACAUUGAAAAGAAGGCUAAGCUUUGACCCCAAAGAAUGUAACUUAUUGAACAUAAGAAAAUCGCACAACUACGGUAGACUUACUGUUCGUUAACACUAGCAGCGAUGGAAUGGGAUUUGAUUUAUUAGGAUCCACAUUAGCCAACGCCAAUGGUGACAGCUAGUCUUACUGGGGUCCAACACAUAACAUCAAAUACUUUACAAUUGACAUAAAUGUAAAGACAUGUAGUGUAUGUGUGUGCAUCUAUUAGUUACACAUACAUGUCAGUACAUACACACAAGUAGGUCACACGGGGGAAAGGAAUCGUGAGGUGUUGCUUUGCAAGAAGUAUCACAUUUUCAAUGGAAGGACAGCCUUGAUACAAAUUGAGAAAUAUCACUGUAGAAGAUAGGAUUUUGGUUGGUGGAACGAGGCUGAGAAGAAGAGAAGUUCACAUUGAAGCAAAUCACCAGUGUCUGUGCCACAAAAUGUAAAUGAUAGCCAACCGAGGGAGGAAAUGUCUCACUAGCUCACUUUGUGACUGUUGGAUUUCUGUUCAAAAUAUGUAUCCAAAUGUACUCAUUAAUAUAUAAAUGGUGUUUGUGGCUUUAUAUGCUUGAGUUUGUUUGUAUUUAAACUUAAAAUUGCCCAUGUGUAUUGAUUAACUGUAUGUAUUUUAUUUAUUUAUUUGGAGACAUACAUUUCUGUUUGUCUUCAUUCUAGCAAACUGUAUGAUAAUUCAAACCAAUCCAAUGUUUCAUGGUCCCAGUGACUUGUCUGUAAGAAGCUGAGCCCUAUUAGAGCUUCAGGUCAAUAAGAAGAUGCUAAUUGUAAAUGGUCUUACCAUGUCAAAUGUUAUUCAGGUUCACGAUGUGAUAAAGAUCAACAGCACUUAAAUGUAGUGACAGCUGUCAUCUCCUGUGUGAAAUUUUGUGUGUUUUGAUUCAUAAAAUAAAGUGGAGUAAACUUAAUUGCA